AUGGGCCAAUUGGCUCAACUUCUUUCACGCUUGUUCCCGUUUACUCGGGGUCUAUGUCAUGCAUAUUGGGCACCGAACUUUUGGGCUUUAUAUUCCCUGAUGGAUCGCGCGCUUAUCAUAGUUGGUAAAUGGCUUGGCUGGACUCUAAAUGAAGAUUCUCUCGCUUCUAUCACACGAGGUUUAGUAGGCGACGUUAGUUUCGCUGUGUUACCAAACAUUAAGCCAAACGUUACUUUUGUGAUGACGCUCAUUUUUCAAAUUACAGCAUUAACAAAACUAUGGCGACAACCAAAAUUCCUUAAUUUCCUCGGCUCAUUGAUUCAUUGUGGAUUCGCAUCGUUUCUAUUUGGUUGGCAUGUUCACGAAAAAGCCAUCUUAUUGGUGUUAAUUCCUUUCAGGUAA